GUUUUGGUAAGAUAUAUUUUUAUGAAGAGUUGAAAUAUAUAAAAUAUAAAAAAAAUAAAAUAAAAAUUGCAAUUUGCAAGAAAGAGAGAAGAAAGACAUGAAAAAUUUGGUGGAAGUGAUGAGAUGAGAUGAGAAUGGAUGAAAGGAGGCGUGGAGUUUGGUCUUGUCGGCGCAUAGUAGCAACCAAAGGAGGAAGUUCCAACAAUGGUGACAAGACAAAAAUCAAGAUCAACAACAAGAACAUCAUCAACAAGCUUCAAAACCGCGAGCUUUUUCCUAAACCUCAUCGUUCUUUUGUUGCUGACACUUCCCCACAUAGAUUCCAGAACAUGCGUUUGAUUCAUCAAUUUGACACUCAUGACCCUAAAUGUCAAUAUUCUCCUAAACCUUUCUUGCCCUUUUUGAUGAAAAGGACUAAGGUUGUUGAGAUCGUUGCUGCUAAGAAUAUUGUCUUUGCUCUUGCUCAUUCUGGUCUCUGUGCUGCUUUUAGUAGAGAAACAAAUGAAAGGAUUUGCUUUCUGAAUGUCUGCCCUGACGAAGUCAUCCGCAGUCUCUUCUACAACAAGAACAAUGACUCACUUAUUACCGUGUCUGUUUAUGCUACUGAGAAUUUCAGUUCUUUGAAAUGCAGAUCUACAAGGAUUGAGUACAUAAGGAGGGCCAAGCCGGAUGCUGGUUUUCCUCUUUUCCAGUCCGAGUCUUUAAAAUGGCCUGGAUUUGUAGAAUUUGAUGACGUUAAUGCAAAGGUCCUAACAUACUCUGCACAAGAUAGUAUAUACAAGGUCUUUGAUCUUAAAAACUACACUUUGCUAUACUCGAUUUCAGAUAAGCACGUUCAAGAGAUCAAGAUCAGUCCUGGCAUCAUGUUAUUAAUCUUCAAUAGAGCAACUGGUCAUAUUCCACUCAAGAUUAUAUCCAUUGAGGAUGGCACAGUUCUUAAAGCAUUCAAUCAUCUUCUUCAUCGGAAUAAGAAAGUGGACUUCAUAGAGCAAUUCAAUGAAAAGCUUCUAGUCAAGCAGGAAAAUGAGAACCUUCAGAUUCUUGAUGUACGAAGUUUUGAGCUGAUGGAGGUAAGUAGAACCGAGUUCAUGACUCCAUCAGCAUUUAUCUUUCUGUACGAGAAUCAAUUAUUCCUUACUUUCAGAAACCGAACAGUAUCUGUAUGGAACUUCCGCGGGGAACUUGUUACGUCAUUCGAGGAUCACCUGUUAUGGCAUCCAGACUGUAACACAAACAACAUAUACAUAACAAGUGAUCAGGACCUGAUUAUCUCUUACUGCAAGGCUGACGCUGAAGAUCAAUGGAUGGAAGCCAAUGCCGGUUCCAUCAAUGUGAGCAACAUCUUGACGGGGAAAUGUGUGGCAAAAAUUAAUGCUGCAAAUUGCAUCGCCAAGGUGGACGAUUGCAGUAAUACUUGCAGCUGCAAAAAAAUUGAUUCGGCUCAAAUUAAGAGCUCGGUUGCAGAGGCUUUGGAGGACAUAACUGCUCUCUUUUAUGAUGAAGACCGGAACGAGAUAUAUACUGGUAAUAGACAUGGUCUUGUUCAUGUAUGGUCCAACUAAUGAAAGGAAAAAAAAAAAAAAAAGAAAGAAUGGCUUUUGUGUUUCUUGGCUUCAUGGACCAAGGAAAAGAACCCUCAUAUUUGGGUUUGUACUUUGGCUGAUGUGUAAUUUCUGCCGUGGAUCGAUGUUUCUGACUGUGUGGGAUAUGGUGACAAAAGGGCUAACAUGGUUUUAUAUCCUUCAUUUGUAUCAUUGCUAUAAUUCUCACUCUGAAUGUUAUUCAUUUUGGUUAGUUGUAGACAUGUUCUUGUGGUGUUGGCAGUAUCCAUUUUACGGGUAAUCAAAGUAUGUAGUGACUUUUUCAAUGAUUGAUAACUUUAAGAGAAUUUGGCUGAUUAUUUUUA